CACGUGGCCCACAUCCAGCGGCAGCGCAGCCUUACAGCAGAGAUGGCUGCGGAAGGGAAGAUUAAACGGAAGAAAAAGAAGCGGACCGGAGACAGCAGAGCAAUGGAAGAUAGAAUGGGCAGCUCCUCAUCUGGAGAGUAUCAGGUUGGACAAGUGGCCAGCAGCCUGUUUCAGAACAAGCCCUUCAAGACUGGCAAGAGCCACCUGGCAUCACUCUUCAGCUCCUCAGCUACAGAAGUGCAGCAGCCUGUCUAUGUGGCUGCUGGAGAAGCUAACAGCAAGAAGAGAAAGCAUAAUGAAGAUGAGAUUGCAUCCCACAGUCAAAGAACUUGUGCCGCUAUUGAACAAAUGCCUGCAAAGAGAAUUAUAGUGAAAAAGGAUCUCUCUGAUGCAGAUAAAAUGUUGGCAAACAGAGAAAGUGCUUUGGCAUCUUCUGAUCUUGAAGAGGAAGAAGAAGAAAAAAUGCAAGCUAAACAGAUGAAGAAAAGGAAAAUAUCUCAAGCCAAUAAUAAUGACAAAACAGCAGGUGGUAAAAUACUUGAUAAUUCAGAUUAUUCAUUUGAAAUAAAUAAAAGAAAGAAGAUUCAAGUCAGUGAGGCAGAGGAAAGAAUAAAGAAUAAGAGAACUGUAUUUGUGGGAAAUUUACCUGUCACCUGUAAAAAAAAGGAACUGAAGUCAUUUUUUAAAGAGUAUGGACAAAUAGAAUGUGUACGAUUCCGUUCUUUGAUUCCAGCGAAGAGCACUUUAUCCAAAAAGAUUGCCGCAAUAAAACGUGAAGUUCAUCCUGAACAGAAGAGUAUUAAUGGUUAUGUUGUUUUUAAGGAAGAGAGUGCUGCUGAAAAGGCCUUGAAAAGAAAUGGUGCUCUGAUUGCAGACGGAUUUCCCAUCAGAGUUGAACUUAUAUCUGACACUCCUUUGAGGGGCAAGAGAUCAGUGUUUGUGGGGAACCUCCCUUACAAAAUUGAAGAGGCUGCUAUUCAAGAGCACUUCUCUGACUGUGGAAGCGUUUUAGCAGUAAAAAUUGUGAGAAACAAAGUUACUGGUGUUGGCAAAGGGUGUGGCUAUGUGCUCUUUGAGAAUACUGAUGCUGUACAACUUGCUUUGAGAUUAAACAACUCUGAAUUAAUGGGAAGAAAACUACGGGUCAAGCGUUAUGUUAAUAAUGAAAAGAUUAAACCAUCACAUACUACAGGCAGAGUUUUGGAGAAUUCCACCAAAUUUAAGCACAAACUUAAUUUUCCUCCUAAAAACACAGGACAGCAUUCCGAAAAUACAUUUGCUGGAGAAAAAGCUAAUCCCUUGAAAAAGAAAAAGAAAUGGCAGAAAAGUGGAAAAAUUAAAAAGCAAAUGGAAAAACACAAAUAGAGUCAGUCUGAGACUUUUUUACUUGUUGGAUAAUUUGCUAAUAAAAUUGUGUUUUAUUUAAUGAA